CGCGGCGCCAGCAGGGACUGCCCGGCGUCCCCCAGCCCGGGCGCAGUUUCAGGGCGCGACCCGCCGGUUGCCGGGCGACGCUGUGAGGCCCAGUGUGUGAGACCAUGAAUCAGCAGUCAGGAUUACGAUUAGGCAUGUGGUACUGGAAAGAUGAAACCAAAACUCUUGAAUUCAGAAGUUUUACACCUGCCAUAGAACUCAAGGAAAAAGCAAAGAAAGGCAAAGCAGUUCACUUUGCUGAAAUUGAUGGUGGAGCUGCAGACAGGCUGACAGAUAAAAGAUUUGCCUCAAGAGAUGCUAAGUCACUUCAAGCCUUAGAGAAACGAGGCCAGCAGGGCAACGUUACACUGCAGGAUGCCAAAUUUGUGGCUUUGCUUUUGCUACAAGAGACUGAGAUGCAGCGGAUCUGUUCGUUUACAACUUUUAUGAAGAAUAAGAACCUUGACAAUUUCCUCAUGGCAUUAUUGUACUAUCUAUCUCAUUUCUUGGAAAAAAUGUCACUGGAAAAGAAGCCCAAGAGCUGUAUGGUGGGCCUUGUAGAGAAAAAAGAGAUGGAAUUGGUUUUAAGUAAGUUAGAAGCGGCACAGAAAUACUUGGCGCAUAAGUACUGUGUCCUUGUCCUGGGCGUGGGGAUGCCCGAUAAGCAUCACAUGUGCUGCGGAAAGGAAAAAAUAUCAGAUACACAAAAAGACUGGAAAUUCUUUGAGUCCUUUUAUACUUUCUGUACCUCCGUGGCUUGGAUUGUCUUCCGCCGUCAACACUUCAUAGAGAUUGAAGAAGAAAUAGGGAGGCUCUUUCGUACCAACAUGUUCAAUAUUCCUCGAAGGAAGCGCGAGGAUGAAGAAUUAGGAAGGGAAAAGAAAUGCAUGACUUUUGUACAAUUCAGGAGAAUGAUGGCAAAACGCCCAGCAAUUAAAACAGCCAUUAACAUGCGCUCUCCGGUCAUGUCUACUCUGCUGCCGUCUCGCAGAGAAAAAGCUCAGAAUAUCCUUGAGAAAAAGUAUCAAGUAGGCACCCAAUUCCCAGCUGAGAUGCAAAAGGAUAUGGAAAAUCUGGACUCUGUGCCCAUGCCAAUAGUUGGCAUCUUGGGGGAGCCUCGGUGUCUGUUCAACCCCUAUACUCUUCUCCCCCUCGAACCAGAAGAAAACAUGAAAUCGUCUGCGCGACAGUCUUUUCUGAUGGAAAGAAAUCACGCGAGGCUUCAGGACACACUGCGCUUAGAAACGAGAACACGGUCUUCCUCCCAAACAACAUUGCCUGAAUAAUCUGGUACAUUCCAUUUCUGUAAUUAAAUCCCUAUAAUUAAAUUACUUGGGCUUAAUCACUUCAUGUCAGACUAAUAUUUGUUUUUAUUAAUUUUUUUAAUUGUUGAAAUUAUUGUGUUAAAAGUUCAGCAACAGACUAUUAAAGAA